UAUGAUGAGAUGGAAGUAACGCAAUUGUUAACAAAUAUGUUUGAGCGACAUAAAGGACGUAUCCUAGUGAUUACGGGUGCUGGGAUUUCCACGGAUUCGGGUAUUCCAGAUUACAGAGGUGAUCAGGUAAGAAGCGAACACGAACACGAACAAGAAAAGGAAUCAGUACAUAUUAAAAUUAAUGACUAGGGAACGUAUGUUCGUAAUCCUAAUCAUCGACCUAUAUUAUAUCACGAAUUAGCGUCAUCGCAUAAUUAUCGACAACGAUACUGGUCACGAAGUUAUUUAGGGUGGCCUCGAAUGGCGAAUGCCUUACCCAACGAUACCCAUCACGUAUUAAAAUCAUUGUUAAUGAACGGCCAUAUUCAAAAUAUCAUUACACAAAACGUGGAUAACCUACAUGUCAAAGCAUUGACACCCACCGACCGAUUACUAGAGUUACAUGGCACACUUCAAAAGGUGGAAUGCAUGGCGUGUGGAAAAACGGAUGUAGAUAGAAACCAGUAUCAAAACCGUAUUCACGCCCGUAAUCCCAGCUGGGGAGAAUUGAUUGGUAAGGGUAAAAUAAAUCCAGAUGGUGAUGUAGAAUUACCUAGUGGUGUGUCCUACGAUGAUUUUGAUAUACCACCUUGUUUGUCCUGCGGUAGUUUAAAGAUGAAGCCCAACGUUGUUUUCUUUGGUGAAAAUAUUAAAAAAUCCACUACCAAAAGAGCUGAAGCGUAUGUGGAUGAUGCUACUGCUGUGCUUGUCCUGGGUACUUCUUUGGCUACUUAUUCCUCCUACAAAUUAAUUAGACAAGCCCAAUUGUCCAACAAGGAAAUUGGCAUCAUCACAAAGGGGCCCACAAGAGCUGAUAAUUUGAUGGAUUGGAAAGGUGAAGUUGGAUGCACGCCUGUUUUAAAAUCGUUGUUUAAUUUAAUCGGUCGUUAAGAAAAGAGUAAAAAAUAAAAGGUCCAGCAUGACCGAUUCUAUUUAAUUAUAUUAUAAUAUAGACAUGUCAAGAGCUAUGG